AUGAUCGUUCCGCCGAGCCAGCAGUCUUCCAGGCUUCUCUCUUUGUCAAUGGCCAGUGGUGCCGGUGCCAACACCCGCACCGCGGCCAAGGGAAAGCCGACUGCGGUCGUCCCAACCGUGCGACCGCGCCGUCGAGAGUCGCCCUUGGCCGCUGCUGCCCGCCGGGCGAAGGAGGCGAUGGAGAGGCGCCCCACGAGAUCGAAGGAGGUGAUGCAAGGUGUCGCCCAAAGGUCUGAAGUGUCCGAGAAAGCCAAGGUGUCGCCCAGCCGGCGGCCGCCUGGAAGCCAAAGAAACCAAAGCAAAGAGAGCAAAGAGCAAAGCACAGAUCCAAAGGAUGCACAGGAUGUGAAGGAGAGAUUGGAGAGAUCUGAAGGAAGAUCUGAAAAAGACAGAGAUUUUACUCGAACAGUUGGAAAGUUCGAGAAACAUGGAUUCACAGUGCCAAGUCCAGAGACCUCUGCGGGCUCCACUCCCAAGUGCGUUCUUUCGGAGGACACAAGCACCAAAAUCGCUGACAGAUCCGAAAUACUGGAGGCAGCACAGGUGCUGCGAAGGGAGGCCCAGGACUUGGGACAGGCCCUCCGACAGUGGGUGGCAGAGGCUGAGGCGACCAAGAAGGAAGAGGUGCUUGAGGACGAGAUUGGUUCAGAGGAUCCCAGCAAGGAGCAAGACCUGGAGGCAAUGCAGUCAUGA